UUACAGCGUACUAAUUUUAAACGAUCAAAAUGGUCAAGAAGGAAAAGAAGAAGUUGCUAACGUUUGGUCCUUUUGAACAAGUGCUUCUAGCGCUUUUCGUGAUGGGAUUUGCCUCCCAUCCCUCUUUCCCCUACUCUCCGUUCACUGCCAUUAUCGGACCAGACGGACAGUCCACCAUAUCACCACUUCCGUUUCUCUCUCCCCCAUUCCUGGCUAUGCUCCUCAUUGUUUACCUAGGCUAUUAUAUCCUCAGACGCCAAGAAGCCGAACGUGAUCGCCUUAAGGCCCUAGCCAAAGCAAAACCCAAGUCAUCUAACUCCAGCUCUAGCACAGGCUCUAGCAAAAACAAGAAACCUCUUUCCUCAUCUGAUGUUAGGGAUGGCAAGCUAGCUGCACCUUCUAACAAACAAGUCGGUGAUCCGACGCCCAAGCAUGUAUCUGGUUUAUCCAAGGAGGACCCAUCAGCGCAGAGCUUCAGGAAGAAUUAUUUCCUGACGAUGCAAGGGCCUGGACGCCCGGCCCUUGUUCCAUUUCAAGAUGGGUUGAGGCCCAAGAAGGGAGAGGCAGCGGGCACCAUGUGGUGGGAUAAUGUACCCGAAGAUGCGAAAGAUCUCAUGGCCCCUCCUAUUGACAAGGACAAACUUAAAGCCAGUUUAAAGAACCCCUGGCAAGCUGAAAUGUUAGAAAAAGAUAUCGAACUCUUGAAAAUUGCGAAAAAGCAAAAGGCCGAGGAAGCGCGUUAUGCCAAAGUUGCCAACCUUCUCCAAACAAUGCUUGGCUUCCUUCUUUGCGCUGCAGAUAUGCGUCUUGGCAUAUGCCUUCUAAUAUUCUUCCUCUGGCGUCACUUUACUUCCUUACACGAUGCCGAUAUGGCGAAUGAGGAGGAUGCUGUAGAAAAGGAGAAGAAGGAGAUUAACGACAAGAUCAGAGAAGCCAAAAAGGCGGGGAUGAGUAGCAAAGAAGUGGCUUAUUUGCAGAUUGCGUUGGAAAGGUUGGGAUGACAUGACAGCAGGCUGACGACAACCUCUAAUGAAGUAUGAUGCACAUGUGCGAGUGUUAUGUUUGGCCUCUCGAUGACUUUUGCCCAGUUGGUUCAUCUAGCUGUUUUACUCGAGUUUUAUUAUAUGCAACAAGGAAGACUAACUAGACAAAAAGUUGAUGCAACGUCAGCAGCCGAACCUUCCUACCUUGCAAAUUUACGCUGUAUCGCAGGAGCAGCUUAUCUCGAGCAUUCAUAGCCAACGUACAGCAG